AUGGGUAGUCUGGAGGCAGAAGAAAAGUUUGCAGAGUUUGAGAGCAAUUUGGAUUUCAAAUUUCAUCACUGCUUUACUUCAAGACGUGAAGUUCCAUCGUUCGAACUCAGAGACAUCGCUGUCUGCCAUGUACUAAAAGUACAUGGUGCUACAUUUGUAGAGACGCAACCACCGGAUGACUUGUAUGCCCUGUUGGAGGUGCCUCAUAAUGCUACCAUGCCAGAAAUACAUCUGGCCUACAGGAGGAUAAAGUUUCGGUACUCUUCCACAAAUGACUCAGACCAGUUGAGACAACACAAUAGAGAAAUGAUGAGCGAUGUUAAAAAAGCUCACUCAAUCCUGACCAAUGAGAAAAAGAGGCAGAUUUACGAUAAGUAUGGACAGGAAGGACUGGACAUCAGUGAGAAGAUCGGAGAUGAAAAUGUUCCGAUAUAUUUUGUCUUGAAACAUCCUUGCAUUAAAGUUAGAAUUUUGUAA